AUGUUGAAACAAAAAAACUUGAAUUUUCAACUUAAUCUAGAAAAACUGUUUAAUGAAGAUCAGUUGAAGCAGUUAGAACGUGGCAAAAAUGGUAAAACUGUUUGGAGUAUAGACACUUUACUGUCUGCAUUUAGAGCUCGUUUUGCCCUUGGAGUACGUGGAUACCAGUAUCUUAAAAGCACUGGAUAUCCACUACCUAGUAUUUCAACUUUAAAUAAAAAACUACAUGGCCUAAAUUUUUGUCCUGGAAUUUUAACUUGUUUGUCGCCAUAUUUACAACAAAAAGUGUCAUCGAUGAAACCGGUUGAAAAAAUCUGUGCAAUAUCUUUUGAUGAAAUGGAAGUUCAGGAGGCACUAGCUUAUAGUAAACAGUAUAAGUCUUUUCUUGGACUAGUAACUUUUGGGAACACUUCUGUAAAAGCAAAUCAUUUAUUAGUGUUCCUCAUCAGAGGCCUCUCAACAUCUUGGAAACAAAUUAUUGCCUACCAUGCAACUGCAUCUUCAACAAAAGGUGAAGAUAUUAAGAAUUUUUUGUUUCAUGUAAUUGAACACUUGAAAGCUAUUGGCUUAAAUGUGGUAGCCGUUGUGUCAGACAUGAAUUCCUGCAAUGUGUCCUUUUGGAAUGCUGUCAAUGUGAAAGUAAAUAGAACUACAAGAAGAACUUAUUUUGAAUGGAAUGAUGGAAGUGUAAUAAACGUGUUUGCUGAUCCUCCCCAUCUUUUAAAAAAUAUGUGGAUGUCACUUCAAAACAAUAUAGUGAAACUAAGUCCAGAUAUUCUUGAAAAUGAAGGACUACCAUCAUCUGAAGUAAAAUUUGCACAUGUAGUGAACCUAUGGGAGCUGCAGAGAAAAGAUGAUUUAAAACUGUUAUAUCAUUUGGAAGAAGGUGACAUCAGACCUUCUCAUUUUCAAAAAAUGGAUGUGGGAAGAGCUGUUAGAUUCUUUUCAGUGAAGACUGCUGCAGCAUUAGAAACUGCAGUUGCUUUAAAACUUUUACCACCAGAUGCACUUUCUACAGCUUGGUUUGUUCGCCUUUUUUGUCAAUGGUUCCAAAUAAUGAGUGCACGUACACAAUUAAAAUCUGUCACUGCUAAUAAUUUUGACACAAAGAAAAAACUAAUGGACUCGUUUGUUGAAGUAAUAUCAACAUUAGAAUUUGAUAAAGGGUGGAAACCUGUACAAACUGGUACCAUAUUAAGCACAAUAUCAUUAUUGAAAGUUUGUGAACAUUGCUUUAAAAAUGAUUACAAGUUUGUGUUGGGCAGUAGACUCACCCAAGAUGCUCUUGAGAACGUUUUCUCAACAAUAAGAAGCAAAACUAAGUCAAUGCCCACUAUAUUAGAUUGUGUAACUGCCAUUAAAUUGGUGUCUGUUGCACAGUUUCUUGAAAAAGAACCAAACUUGAAGUCAGGAUAUGCACAAGAUAAUGAUCACAGUUUAUUAAACAUUUUGGAUCCAAAAGAAAGACAAGCUGAACCUCAACACACACAUUUUGAUGACAAUGUGACAAAGAGGCUAAAAAGUGCCAUUGAAAUGAAUGAUAACACAAAUGUUGUUCACAAGAAUUCACUUUUUUAUAUUGCAGGUAGCUGUGUCCACUCUUUAAUGAAAUCAGCUUGUAAUGACUGCCAAGCAGAAAUGACAGGUGAUGUAGAUGACCUAACUAAAGCAGGACAAGAUAGCCUUCUUUUGGAAUAUACAUCAUAUGGGGGGUUAAUAUAUCCCAGCAUGAAAGUAUAUAAUAUUGUGAAGGCAGCAGAUGCUGCCUAUACAGAAAUUCAAAUGGAAUUACUUCAAGGAAAAUAUCAUGCAGAUGAUGAAUUUGUAAAUAUUGUCCUGAAGUACUGCAAGACAACAUUACCUUCAUGUUGUGAGGCAUUAUCUCGAGACCAAUCAUUGCGAAUGAACGAAGUGGACGGCAGUUUGUUUGUUAAAUCGGAAGAUCGUCUUGGACAACUAUUUGUUUUCGGCACAGUAAUGUAA